CCCCUGGAUGUUUUUGUAAGCAGCAGACCAGAAGACAAAGACUAUUCCAAGAGUCUCUGGCCACGGCUCCGCUGCUGCUAUCGGAGGAGAGCUCGCAUGCGCACUGACACGGCCCCCACCCCCACCCCCAUUCCGGGCCCGGCCAGUGACGUCCCCAUACAUAUUAAGGAAGGGGCCAGGCGCUUUCCUAUCGGAGUCCGGCUGGGGAGUCGCGAGCACAUGCAAAAAAGCGAGGAGGGAAAGCGUGAGAGGAGCCUGGAGCUGCAGCUGCAGCUGGAGAUGCGCGUCCUGUUCUGUUUUCUUGGAUGGGCUCAAGCCCGCAGUCUGGCUUUAAAGGAUUUCUCCUCCCAGCUCCUGGAAGGGGAGGCCGGACCAGGCCGCCAACCUUUGUGCUCCACUGUUGGGGCCAGGGGGCCGCGUCAUCCCCGCCCCCUCUUAUCACAGCAGCCUCGGGGCCUUAGGCUGCAAGGGAGGAGUGCAAGGGCGAAUUUUCAUUUUAACUUCCGGGUCCUGGCGGGGCAACCGAGCUCUCUGCUGCCCGGGCGGAGGGUCCAGUUAGUCCCCCCGACCAUUGUCCCGUUUCCCCUGCCCGCUGGGCUAGCCGGCGUCCUCACAAAGGGGAGACUGCGCAGAGCUCAAGGACAGAAGAAGAAGGGGGGCAAUGGGGGACAUCGUACCGGGUGCCAGCCAGUCUUCACUUCUAAGCAGCUACUAUUUUCCUUGACCCGGUCCCGGCUCCAGCCUAGACCUCGCCCAUCCCCAACGAGAAAAGUCCUUCGCUUUACUGAAAGGAGCUUCAGAGAGUGA